AUGCAGCUCAAGCCUCUCGCGGCCGUGGCCUUGGGCCUAGCCUCCAUCUCCCCCGCCGCAGCUGACACAACGACAACCAUCGACGCCAAGUCCAACCGCGGCACCUGGGAAGGAUGGGGAACCUCUCUGGCCUGGUGGGCGCGUCGCUUCGGCACCCGCGACGACCUCGCCGACAUCUUCUUCACCACCAAGACAACCACCUUCGGUGGCGCAAGUCUUCCCGGCCUCGGCUUCAACAUCGUCCGCCACAACGCUGGCGCCUGCAGUUGGAACAGCAUCGGUGGCGAGAGUAUGGUCGUCUCCUCCAAAAUGAUGCCGUCCAGGCAGAUUGAGGGCCACUGGAUCGACUGGAACAGCGCCGACCCAACUUCGAGCAGCUGGAAGUGGGACGUUGACGUGAACCAGCGCACCAUGCUGCAAAAGGCCAAGAGCCGCGGCGCAAACCGGUUCGAGUUGUUUUCCAACUCGCCCAUGUGGUGGAUGACCAAGAACCACAACCCUUCGGGGUCUGCCGACGGCAGCGAAAACAUCCAGUCGUGGAACCUCGCGCAGCACGCCGUCUACAUGGCUACUAUUGCCAAGUAUGCCAAGGACAACUGGGGCAUUACCUUUGAGUCUGUUGAGCCCUUUAACGAGCCCACGGCGAACUGGUGGAAGGCGGACGGCACGCAGGAGGGAUGCCACAUUGACGUCGCCACGCAGGCGACCAUUAUCAACGCCCUGCGGACGGAGCUUAACAAACGCGGUCUGAACAGCAUGACCAUUGCCGCGUCGGACGAGUCGUACUACGAUCAAGCUGUGACAACCCUCAAGAAUUUGGGCGAUGCUGCGCUCAAGAACGUCGCUCGCAUCAACGUUCACGGGUACCAGUACGGCGACGGCAAGCGUGACCAAGUCUUUUCCCUCUCCUCAGCCCGUGGCCUGCGGCUGUGGAAUAGUGAGUACGGCGAGAGCGAUGCCACGGGCGAGAGACUCGUGAGCAAUCUUAUCCUCGACUUCCGGUGGUUGAAGCCGACGGGCUGGGUGUACUGGCAAGUACUCGACGGCGGCGGCUGGGGUAUAAUCGACGCCGACAAUGAGGCGGGCACAGUAGGCUCCGCGAACCAAAAGUACUUUGUGUUUGCGCAGUUCUCGCGGCACAUCCGCGAGGGCAUGCAGAUCCUGGACGGCGGCGCGGAUAACGUCGUGGCGGCGUACGACGCGGCCCACUCGAAGCUCGUCAUUGUCGCGGUCAACUGGGGCGACGCCCAGUAUCUCAACUUUGACCUGAGUAAGUUCACGCAGGCGUCGACGAACGGGGCCAAGAUCACGCGCUGGCGGACGCAGAUUGGUAGCGGCGAUCGGUAUGUGCAGGCGACUGACACGACGAUGAGCGGGACCAAGUUUUGGUCUUACUUUGAGACCAAGAUGGUGCAGACUUUUGAGGUCAAUAAUGUGAAGCUGUAG